AUGGCGCAGAGGAAGAAGAAGCUGACGAAGAAGAGGAGAUACACGGGCAACAGAGACCACGAGGUCGACUCUGACAGCGGAGACGUUCAGCUGGCUGCUGAAAUUAAGGACGAUGAAUCCCCAGGGAAGAAACUCAUGCGGUUCCUGGCCACAUCCGACUGCCUGUCAGACGUGGAGCCCGACACCCGGCUGCUGGUCAGAGCCCAGAACAAGAAGAAAAAGAAGUCUGGCGGGUUUCAGUCCAUGGGUCUCAGUUACCCUGUGUAUAAAGGCGUCAUGAAGAAGGGUUACAAAGUCCCUACUCCGAUCCAAAGAAGGACUAUCCCAGUGAUUUUGGAUGGCAAGGAUAUGGUAGCCAUGGCCAGGACUGGCAGUGGCAAGACGGCUGCCUUCCUGGUGCCCAUGUUUGAGAAGUUAAAAGUGCCUCAAGCCCAAACGGGAGCCAGGGCCCUAAUCCUGACCCCCACCAGAGAGUUGGCCCUGCAGACCAUGAAGUUCACAAAAGAGUUGGGAAGAUUCACCGGCCUCAGGAUUGCCUUGAUCCUUGGUGGAGACAGAAUGGAUGAUCAGUUUGCCGCUCUCCAUGAAAACCCCGACAUAAUCAUCGGUACGCCCGGUCGUCUCAUGCACGUUAUCAAGGAGAUGAACCUGAAGCUGCAUGGUGUGGAAUACGUGGUGUUUGAUGAGGCCGACAGGUUGUUCGAAAUGGGUUUCGCCGAGCAGCUUCAGGAGAUCAUCCGGAGGCUUCCAGACAGCAGACAGACUCUGCUGUUCUCUGCCACUCUGCCCAAGCUGCUGGUGGAGUUUGCCAGAGCUGGGCUGACUGAACCAGUGUUGAUUCGUUUAGAUGUGGAUUCUAAACUCAGCGACCAGAUUAAGCUGUCAUUUUUCCAUCUGCGCAUGGAUGACAAGCAGGCGCUGCUGCUUCAUCUGCUGAGGAACAUAGUGAAGCCUCAGGAGCAGACGGUGGUGUUUGUAGCCACUAAACACCACGUAGAGUACAUCAAGGAGCUGCUGACUUUAGAAGGAAUCGAGUGUGCCUACAUCUACAGCGCCCUCGAUCAGACUGCCAGAAAGAUCAACAUAGGGAAAUUUGUGCACCGGAAAGCCAUGGUGCUAAUUGUGACGGACGUUGCUGCUCGUGGUAUAGACAUCCCCAUGCUGGACAACGUCAUCAACUACAACUUCCCCUCCAAGCCCAAGCUCUUCUUGCACAGAGUUGGCCGUGUGGGACGUGCUGGACGCAGUGGCAAAACCUACAGUCUGAUUUGUCCAGAUGAGAUGCCUUUUGUCUAUGACCUUCACCUCUUCCUUGGAAGGCCGGUUCAGUUUGCCACACCUGAACACACACCAGAUUUAGAGGGUGUGUUCGGUCGGGUCCCUCAGAGUAUCCUGGAUGACGAAAGUUCUCAUUUGUUCACGGUUCACGAGAACUCCCUGGACCUGCAAAACAUGCACCACGUCUCCGAGAACGCCUACAAGCAGUAUCUCAAGUCUCGACCGAGCCCCUCACCCGAGUCCUUCAGACGGGUCAAAAACACAGAUCUGUCCAGCAUGGCCGUCCAUCCACUACUAGGGUCUGGUUUGGAGAAACUGGAACUGGAGCGCCUUCACAUAGUCGAUGCCAUCAAAGGCUACAAAUCCAAAGCGACCAUCUUUGAAAUCAACUCCAACAGUAAGACGCAGGCCGGUGAGGUCAUGCGGGCCAAGCGCUCCAAGGACAAGCGGCUGGUGGACAAAUUCAGUAAACAGAGAGUCAACCUGGCUGCAGAAAGCCGGCUGCACCAGCCCGUCAAACCCACCACCACCGCUGACGAUUAUACACACAACACGGGCGAAAACGAGGAUGAUGAUAUGAAGGGGGUGUUCACUGUCGUAGGAGGUGGAAAAAAGAGAAGCCUGCAGGAAUAUGGGGAAGAAGGACAACAGAACAAGAGAAGCAGACCGUCAGGCAAAGAUGAGGAGUUUUACAUCCCCUACAGACCCAAAGACUUCGACUCUGAGAGAGGGUUAAGUCUCGGCGGAGAGGGCAGUGCCUUUGAACAGCAGGCCUCCUCAGCUGUCCUGGACCUGAUGGGAGAUGAGGGAAACAAGUUAAACCAGCACAAGAGCAUCAUGAAAUGGGAUCGUAAAAAGAAACGCUUUGUGAGAGAUGCAGGAAAGGAGGACCAGAAGAAGAGGCUCAGACUAGAUGGUGGACAGGUCAUCGAUAACAAGAAGAACAAGAAGAACUUUUACGAUGAGUGGAAGAAAAAAUACAGGGUCGAUGAUGGAGGAUCUGGCUCUGAUGGAGAAGGAGGAAGAGGACGAGGAGGACGAGGAGGACGAGGAGGACGAGGAGGGGGGAGGCCAGGAGGAGGUCGCGGUCGAGGCCGUGGUCGUGGUCGUGGCAGUAAUCCCAACUUCCAGAGCCCUGUAGGACAGCAGCAGGCGCCCGGUGGCCUCAAAGUGCGCUCGGAGCUGAAGUCGAGGGAGCAAAUCCUAAAGAGGCGCAAGAAAGAGGAGAAGCACCAGUUCCUGCAGGGCGGUGGCAUGAGGAACCUCCGAACCAAAAACAAAAAGUGGCUCGGAGAAGUUAAGAAGUCCGGUUUUGGACGGGGUGAUUCAAAGAAGGGCAAGAUGAGGAAGAAACUCUGAGUAGGACACAGAGGGAGAACUAUCGCGGCGGGACGAUGGCGGGACGGAGGGCGCCGUGAGGGGACUGGAUGAUAGAUACCAUUAUCCUCCCGCACCACCUUCAAUAAAUAGUGAUUAUGGAUAAAAGAAGAGUUGAGGAAAGCAUUUCUACACUGUAGAGAUGAACUGCUGAGCUCUAGAUUUGACACAGAGUAUGUAUAAGAAUGAUCCAGUGAACUGGAGUUUCCUCUUUUAUCUGUGUCGGCAGAUUGUUUUUGAGUACUCGGAUAUUUCUAUACACGUAAUGAACUGUUGGCAAAAUAUAGAUGUGAUUAAGAUAAUAUUCUGUGUCUUCUUCAAUUGCAGUCAGUUGCAUGUUGAUACAACAAACAAAAGUGUGUUUUAAUGUGAAUUACCCAAAUAUAUACAUUUUUAUUCCUGAAGCUGAGGGACUGGUAAGUGUCCCUGAUGUGCAUAUCUGCAUUAGAUAUUGGUUCUGGUCCAUAACUUUUGAAAAAAGCGGGGAAUGUCUUUAAGAAAUGUGGCUCUGGCUACAUAUGGUAUGACAAUAUGGCUCCAUUAAACAGGGUUCUAGUACCAGG